CUACAUGAUUUUUAUCUCCUAUGAUCUCAUCGAAGAUUUCGCAUUUUUAGACAACCGUCUCCUUCAAUUUGACAACAAAUUUUAAUCCCAAAAUCUCUGUUUCAUAUCAAAUCAAAUUUACCCACAAACUUUACUCCUUCCUCCUCCAUUUUCCCUCCUACCCAGAUGCAGGAAAUCGAGGAACCACCCAUAUAGGUUCCUCAAUUCAGCCUGCUCAACAACUUUCCGCCAUUGAUUCUUCUUUAGUGCUGUUUCUUCAAGCAAAAAUUAUAGUUUUUUUUGGUUGAUGUGGAUUAAGGAAGAAGAAUUGGGAAGUUAGUAAUAGCGUGUAAUGCAGGGAAAAGGGGGGGAGAAAACAAGUAUCAUAAGUUUGGAUGUUCUUGCACGCCACAGAUUCUUAGAUCCCUUCAAUUCAUCUCUAAUUUCCUUGCCUUAUGCCGUAAUUUAUUCUGUUUAUUUGUUUAUAGUUUCCUUUCAUGGUUUCUCUCCAAUUCUAAUUUAAAUUCUUACUCUUCUUUCUCUUUUUUGUAUUCUCUCUUUUCCCUAAAUUGAACAUAGAUUGUGUUGAAUUUUGGGGUUUUUAAGUUUGUAAAGUUGUAUUAUAUAAUAUCCAGAAGAGGAACAGAACAAAGGAACAGCAUUGUUAUUUUCCGAAUAAAACGGGUGUAGAGGAUCAAAAUCUUCAAGGUACUUGAUUUUGUCAAGUUGGUGUUUCUAAAUGCCUUCCCAACUGAUAGAUCAGCAGGGCAUGUCUGCUUCACCUUACUUUUCUGGGGACCUUCAAUUUUGUGGCGAGAGACAAGUUGGAUUUUGGAAGACGGACUCUCUCAGGACUAACUAUGGUAUGAAGACUGAUGCAAUUUCUGGUACUCCACCUAUGGAGAAACUAGUAGCUGUGGAUUCUCAAGCAACCAAGUAUUUUGAAGUUCCUGAACAGAAGGUCAGUUUUAACUUACAGAAACAUUCAGUGGGGGCAGAGAGAGCUGUAAGUCGGUCCUUGAAUAUAUGGAGUUCAAUGGACCUCAAUCCUAUCACGAGAGCUUCUCCUAAUGUGAAUCUGUCAUGCGACAAGAACACAACAUCCACUCACUUUGAAAAUGGAUUGUUUUCAAGCUCAAUGUCAGAGUUGUUUAGCCGAAAGUUGCAUCUAUCCUCAAGCAACUUUUGUGGUAACUUGGCUGAUACUGUUGCUUCACACUAUGACGAGGAAGAACCUUUUCAGUCCCUUGAAGAAAUGGAGGCCCAGACUAUAGGAAACCUGCUUCCUGAUGAUGACGACUUGUUCUCUGGUGUUGUUGAUGGCAUACGAAGCAAGGAUGAUGCAGAAGAUCUGGACUUUUUUAGUAGUGUUGGAGGAAUGGAUUUAGGAGAUGAUACAUCUUCUGUGAAACAAAGGAAUUCUGAAUUCUCAGGUAUUUCAAAUGGGCAGAAGAUUGGAGCAAAUAACUCUGUUUAUGGGGAGCAUCCAUUUGGGGAACAACCUUCCCGCACUUUGUUUGUUAGAAAUAUUAACAGCAAUGUUGAAGACCAUGAGUUGCAGGCUCUCUUUGAGCAAUACGGAGAUAUCCGUAAUCUUUAUACAUCUUGUAAACACCGGGGUUUUGUAAUGGUUUCAUACUUCGACAUCCGAGCAGCUAGAAAUGCUAUGAAGGCACUUCAAGAUGAGCCUUUGAGAAGAAGAAGGCUUGAUAUACACUAUUCAAUCCCAAAGGAUAAUACUUCAGAGAAAGAUGUGAAUCAAGGUAUUCUUUUGGUAUCUAACCUUGAUUCUUCUGUUUCUAGUGAUGCUCUCAGGCAGAUUUUUGGUGCUUACGGAGAGGUUAAAGAGAUACGGGAAACUCCACACAAAAGUAAUCAAAAGCUUAUAGAGUUCUAUGAUGUCAGAUCUGCUGAUGAAGCUCUUCAAGCAUUGAACAAAAGUGAUAUUGCUGGGAAGAAGGUUAAGGUUGAACCAAUUCAUCCUGGGGGUGCAAGACGAAGUUCAACGCAACUACUGGGCCCAGAUCUGGAGCAAGAGGAAUCUGGUCUCUAUGUACCGCAACGUAGUGCUGGAUUUUCAUAUGGUUCUAUCAGUUCUACUGGCAUAGACAGCGAUACUGGUUGCGGUACAAGUUUUGGAAUGAAGGAAACUCUGGGUUCAUUUAGAGAAAGUUCUUCCUGUCACGGAAUUUCUUCAAGUGUUCCCAGUGGCUUACCGUCCCUUCUUAGAGCUGAGACAAGCCGCAGUCAAGCAGGGCUAUCUGGCUCUAGGACUUCAGUCAGCCAAAUCAAACAUGAUUUUCAAGGCCUUCCGACUCUUUAUCCUCAUUCACUUCCAGAUUAUAACGAUCGUCUAACUAAUGGUGUUCCUUGUAGUUCUGAUCGUAACAUUCUUGCUACGGAUAGCUCCUUUUCUAAUGAGGGCUUUGAGAGUACUCACUUCGGCAGGAUAAACUCAGGUUUUACAUCUGGAAUUGCUAGUGGUUCUCGUCCUGGGCAUCCGUAUGCUUGGAGCAAUUCAAACAACUGCCAACCACCAGCUUUCAUGUGGCCAAACUCACCUUCGCUUUCAAAUGGGUUUUGUAAUCCUCAAACCCAACUCCGGUUUCAUGGACUUCCGAGAUCACCAUCUCAUAUUUUGAAUUCAGCUUUACCCAUGAAUCGUCAUCAUGUCGGAUCAGCACCAGCUGUUAAUCAUUCUCUGUGGGACAGAUGGAAUUCUUAUUCCGGAGAGUCGCCUGAAACAUCUAUCUUCCAUCAAGGGCCUUUACGGAAUAUGAGACUUUCUGGCAGCCCUUUGAAUCACAUCGAUUUUGGUUCUCCUAAUAUGUUUCCUCAUGCUGGUGGGAACAGCAUGGACCUUCCGAUCUCUUCGAGAAAUGUUGGUCUACAUGCCCAUAAUCAAAGAGGCAUGAUUUAUCCCUCUAGGGGCCAGAUGAAUAUGGUUGGCUCAUUUGAACAUCCUGGUGAACGUACCAGAAGCCGCAGAAGUGAAAACAUUUCCUCUCAAGCUGACAACAAGAAACAAUAUGAACUUGAUAUUGAGCGUAUCAGUCGAGGGGAAGACAAUCGAACCACUCUUAUGAUAAAGAACAUUCCUAACAAGUACACCUCCAAGAUGCUUAUGGGUGCCAUUGAUGAACGCCACCGUGGAACUUACGAUUUUAUCUAUUUACCUAUUGAUUUUAAGAACAAAUGCAAUGUGGGAUAUGCCUUUAUCAAUAUGGUUGAUCCAAGCCAUAUCGUCCCGUUAUAUGAGACAUUAAAUGGGAAGAAGUGGGAGAAGUUUAACAGUGAAAAGGUCGCAUCACUUGCUUACGCUCGCAUACAAGGGAAAGCUGCUCUUGUUGCCCAUUUUCAGAAUUCUAGCUUAAUGAAUGAAGACAAGCGCUGCAGACCUAUUCUUUUUCAUAGUGAUGGCACCAAUGCAGGUGAUCAGGUGCCAUUUCCUAUGGGUGUUAACAUUCGAUCCAGGCCUAGUAAAUCAACAUCAAGCAACAACGAGGAUGAUAACCUAGAGAUCCUAUUGACCAGCAAGGAUGAAUAUUUUUCUGCAGAUUCGUCUUCAAGUUCGGGAAAGGAAUUAGAUUGAGUACCGAGUACUCGAGUAGCACACUUACCUAAAGUCACUUGCCUCUUGGAAGUUUUUUUUAGCAAGAGAUGGGUGAUGGUGAAGAAUUUUCGGCGUGGUUGUACAACACAAUUUAACAGCAAGUAUUAAGAGAAAAUAUCCUCAUUUUCUCAGUUUAUUAUUGUAUGUAACUAUGAGGAGGGUUGGUAUAUGCGAGCCCCAACUCGAGCUUUAAAAAUUUUGAUUCUUGUCAAGUCUUAUAAACGUAAUAUAUUUGUAAAUGUAUAGUUGUAUCUAACUCUUGAGAAAGGGCUGCUGUACAAAUGCUUUGAUGAGGGAUUAACCUCUUUUCUUUUACUAAUCUUUUUGCUUUUAUGUGCAUUACAUAUGCAUGCUAGCAUUCCUUUGAAAUGAGCUUCCUGCUGGUGAAGUCUAGUGUCAUGUGAUUUUGCUAAAUCUUUUUGCCAACCACGAAUUGAAAAUAAUAAAUAAAUAGUUUUCUAUGAGUAUGAUGAAAUUAACCAGUGAAUUAUGUUGCACUUUUAAUGAUUUAGUCCAACACGGAAAUUCGG